AUGUCUGGAAUCGACGACAACUUGGAGGCGCUCAUCAAGUCCGUCGCGUCCACACUGAACGCGCAGCAGAUCCCGUGCGUGCUUUGGGGCCACUGUAUGCUCUCCAUUCACGGCGUCAGUACCUUCAUCGGGUCUCUGGAUUUCAUCGUCUCCGAUACUCAUCUCGACCAAGCUGUUGCUAUUCUUGAGCAAAGUCCAGCACUUGUACCAUGUCCACAGACAAUAUGUCCUGAGACCUCAGAACGUCAAUCAAGCCCACCGCCCAAACAUCAUGUGCAUCACAAAGGCUGUCUUGAGUUCACUAUCCAGCUCUUCUCACAGACAGACGCUCUGCCAUUCCUUGAGCCCAUCGACCAAUCGCUUUCGUCGAAACAGCAGCUCCCCGCCACCUACGUCCUCGCUUCCGACUACAUAUCACUUCCACCCAAUCGACCGAACCGUGGAAGUGGUCAUCUCAAAGAAGCGUUCACGGACCAUGCCGAUUGGGCUAUGGGAAUGGCCAUCCUCAUCAGAGAAUACGUCGGCCGUGAUGGCUACCUGAAUACACCGAUAGACCAGAAACGUCUCUCCAGGGAGACCGGUGCACUAUUCAUCGAAAUGUUUAGACUGAAGAGACCAGCAGGCGACUGGCUGAGAGACCUGAGACGAAGCUUCGACAUGGACGAACAGGACGUGGUAAUGGACGGUUCGGCGACUGUGAGGGAGAAGGUACAGGCGACUUAG